AUGUCUUACUUCGGUAGCUCAGGGAUGGCACGCUCAGGAGCAGAACCUAUGCAGACCUUGCCAAGCCCACCGCCCAGUUCGCCCCCUAGGGAGCCUACCACGCCCCCCGUUCAGAGCACUCGAUCUGGACCGGUUCCUGCGCGUACCGUGUACGCAAGGCAGGCGAACAAGCUUCAUCCAGACUUGGACCCGCAAGACGACUUCGCGAUCCUUGCUCUGGGCAGCAACAUGCUCGAGAACCAGAGUACCUCCCAGAAACUUGAAUGGUUGAAGGACGCAUGGACGGACACCGUUGCCACCUACGGAUCCGAAGCCAGCGCUCGGAGCGGCAUCAAGAAAUUCCUAGAUGCUGUCGUAGAGCUUAGCGGUGAGAAGCCUGGCCCGGACGAUCCAGAGGCUCGAUGCCUCCCGAUCCCCCACUCAAACCUCUCCCUUCGCCUUUGGCCUGGCUCUCUCGCGGAUGCGGAGUAUUGCAUGGAUUUCGUGGACUCCAGCACGAAGGACCCCUUGAACGUGCCCGACAACUACGAGCUUUGGGGAAUACCGGACCCUGCGGCGCCAUGGAUCGACCCCGUGUCCAUAAAGCUGUCGUCGAUCGAGCGCAUGCACGGCAUCGACAAGGACCAGAUCAAGCCAGGCGCCGAGAAAUUCAUCCUGCGGGACGGGCUGUAUUGUCAGCUGCUGCGCGAUAAGCGGAAGAUCAUGCGUUUCAGAGUCCCAUUGCGAGAGCAAGCCAUCGUUUCGGACGACGAAGAAGGGAAUCCCCUCUACGAGUUAUAG